AUGAGCAAGCACCGGCACCUUGGAGAGAGAGGUGGAGAGACGGUGGAGAGACGGUGUCACAUGGCGCGGCUGGGUGACGUGGAAAUGACGAACAAGUUCAGUGAUCUGCGUGUUCGUCUGGAUCUCGUGUUGCUUCAGGUGAAGAAGGUCCGCUACAUCUCAGCCAUCCCUCAGUUCACAGGACAGGUGAGUGUGGAACCUGGUGAUGCGGAAGAAAACCUGGCGGAAGAAGGACCUUUGGGUCGGCAGACAAAGAAACGGUGCAUCAUCAAAGACUAUCGCAAGACGCACCUCGAGUUGAUGAAGAACUUGGCGGACAAACGUCGAGCUGAGAAGAAGGAGGAGGAAGAGGAGCGGGCGCGACAACAGUUCGAGCGAGCACAGGACGUGGCCAAUGGCCGGCUGGGACGUCAUGGGACCAUGGAAGCAUGGCGCCUUUUUUUUUUUGGUGGGAAGCACAGCAUCAUGUCUGAGCAAGAUCGAGAAAUUGCGGUUGCAUUGCACCACUUCCGUUGCAUAGGCCGACAAGUCACCCAAGCCUUGCGAAAGGAUGAUGUUGAUUUCUUCCGUAGUCUUGCAAGUGAAGUAUCAGAUUUCAUGCAACCGCAUCAGACCAGAGACUUUUGGCGAGUUUUACGUAGAAGCCUACCUAAAUUUCGCAACAGGAAAUUAGGCCAGGACCCACACAAGCUUGAAGUCUUGCAAGAGCAGUGGACACCCUAUUUUGAGAAAUUGGAAAGUGGUUAUGCAUCCUCAACGCAGCAGAUUGUUGGAGAGUGUCAUGAGCGUCAGAUGCAGAUGCCAGUUGUGCAAGACCACUUCGUUCAUGUAGAUCUUCCGUCCAUCAUUGAGCUUGAAGAUGCUUUUAGGACCACUCAAGCUGAUCGAGCAACGGGACUCGAUCCAAUUCCGUCAGGAGCCUUCAAGCAGCAUGCCGUGACCCUUGCCACUGCAUAUUUUCCACUUUUGCUUAAGACUUGCUUGUGGCAACAUGAACCUGUCACCUCCAAAGGCGGACAAAUGGCAGUGAUUUACAAGAAAGGAUCGGGAUUCCUUGCAGAGAACUAUCGGGGGAUCAUGCUGCUCCCAUCAUUUGCAAAAAGAGUCCAUGCACUGAUGAGGACAAGACUCAUGAAGAUGUUGAGGACUCAACGCCCACAAGGACAACUGGGAGGAUUUCCUUCCAUGCAAGUUCCCUUUGGAUCCCAAUUCCUGCAAACAUUUGGACGUAUCAUGGAUUCACUCAAUGUAUCCUCGGCAAUUGUCUUCAUUGACCUGGCCAAUGCUUUCCAUUGCUUAAUCCGUGAAUUGGUUUCAGGAAUUGUGGUGCCAGACGAUGUUGAAGCAGUCCUAGAACGUUUGCUCCAUGAAGGACUUCCAGUCCCUGACAUUAUUGAGCUCUUGCAAUUGCCAAGCCUGCUAGAACGUCUAGGUGCACCGCCUUUCAUCACACAGCUGAUCCAAGACUUUCACACAGGAACCUGGAUGUAUGUCCCGGGUGCAUACCAGCCCAUUGUAACCAGGAAAGGCACAAGACCAGGAUCACCGCUUGCAGAUUGCAUCUUUCACAUCCUGAUGGCUGACAUAGCCACAGAGCUGAACGAUGUAGUUGCCAGUAACCAUGAUCUGCAAGACAUUCUGAGCAGAGCCGACCUACAUGCGGAAAGUGUCAUUUGGGCCGAUGAUGUAGCCAUCCCAGUUGCCACCGUUAAUGCAGCAUAUCUUCCAGGCGCCAUUGCAGGUACGCUGCAGGCAGUGCACAAGAUCUUUGCAACUAGAGGGUUUGUCCUGAAUUUCCAAAAAGGCAAGACUAGCGUAGUUGCGACAUUUCGCGGCCCAGGAGCUCCAUUGAUGCGAGCCAAAUUUCAAUUGACAUCCCAGCCUGGUAUGGAGGUGAUGCUAGCAGGCCAGCCAAUUUUCAUCCACUUCAUGGCAUAUUACAAGCACCUAGGGACCAUUUUCAGCUCCAACCACUCAAUGGAUCAAGAAAUCGCCACCAGAAUCGGAAUGGCGAAAAGUGCUUUUGCGCAAAUAGCAGCACCUAUUUUGUGCAAUAAGCACAUUCCGGAAACCACCAGGCUCAGACUCUUUCGUGCAUUGAUCGAAAGUCGACUUUUCUUUGGUAUGGGAGCCUGGAAGACGCCUACGACCCGGCAACUUGCGAAGCUGCAUGCCACGCUUGUUUCCAUGUUGCGAAAGAUUUUCCGAUUGAAACCAGAAGAAAUACUCCACACCAAUGCAGCCACUCUUUUCCAUCGUGCAAAGAUUUCCUCUCCCAGAGCAAGACUUGCGGUAGACAGGCUCCUGUAUGCACAACGAGUUUGGCAGCAUGGACCAGAGAUGCUGCAACACUGUCUGCAUAGGGAAGAAGCAUUGUUGCCAGACUCAUGGCUAUUCGGCCUUAAGCACGAUCUUGCCUGGCUUAGUGCCCUGGAACAGGAUGGGAACCUCCCACUACAAGCCAUCCGAAGUGUUAGUCAGCCUGAGCAUGCAGACUUGACUGAGCUUUUUGAUUUUUGGCAGGCAGGAGGUGAUGCAUGGAAAGUUGGAGUGCGCAAGGCAUGGAGACGAUUUCUUUUUCAGGAGACUAUGAUGCAUGAACUCAUCGGAAUGCACAAGAAGUUUUUCCGUGUCCUGGAAGAGGCCAAUGCCAGUUUUGAUCCCUCUCCCUUUGAUGCAGCGGAUGGCUUGACAGGUACAUUUGCUUGUGGAUGUGGGCGACAGUUCACGUCAGCCCAGGGCCUGGCCACACAUAAACGUCAAGCCCAUCAGGAGUUCUCUUUAGAGCAUGAUCUGCUGGAAGGAGCAACAUGUCCUGAGUGCUUGCGACACUUUUGGACGAAACAGCGCCUCUAUCAACAUCUGUCCUAUGUGUCUAGGCGCACAGGGGUCAACCAGUGCUACCAAGCAUUGCGCAGAAGAGGGUUCAGGGCACAGCAGGAGAUGGGAGGUUUUUGCCUUAUGCCGAAUGAAGUCAAGGGACUAGGUAGGGUUGAAGCUCUGCAGACACAAGGCCCCAUGCAGCCUGUUCCAGACCGUGGACAGGAAGACCAGAGGAUUCUGCAAGAGACACUUCGAGGCCUCCAGAAUGAGUUGUGUAUCUCCUGUAAGCCAGAGGAUCCUGACUCGGCCAAGGCACGGUUGUGUACCUUCUUGACCGCAACCACCGAAGAAUGGUACCAAGAAUUCUGUGCGGAUGGGUUUGCCGAAGAACUUUCAACACUGCUGCCAGAUCGAUGGCUUGCAGUCCUUUGCCAGUUUGGCGAAGGGAUGGAUGAAUGGAUCGAAUAUGAGAUUCUCCAAUGGGGACAACAUUGUCUCCCAGAUGUGAUUGCGGGAUUUGUUGAUGGAGUUGCAGAGAGACUUGUUGACGAAGAAUAUGCACAAAUGAUUGAGGAUUUCCCUCGUGUCCAAACCUUGCGCCAAAUUGCCCACUUGAAAGCCAAGGAUGCAUUUCUGGAGACCGACAAGGAUCUGCCAUUUCCACACAGACAACCCCAACGAGGGCAUGCCAAUCCCAAAGAAAGAGCAACCAGCGCAGCACAUGUGCCGGGAGUUUUUGAAGACCAAGAAAAAUUUUUCGAUCAAGUCAGGAAAGCUAGAUGGCUAGACUUACCAGACGAAGCCCAGAUGCCGAUGUACCAGCACCCGUGCAAGGGAAAGCUUUUUGUCAUUGCCCAUCUCUUUAGUGGGCGGAGAAGAGAAGGCGAUGUACAUGAACGACUGCAUUUUUGGGCCCACAAAGCAGGGGUACAGAUCCUGGUCCUAUCACUGGACACGGCCAACUCGGCGACGUAUGGUGAUUUGCACCACCAAGGUGUCACGUGGCAGCAACUGCUCAAGCUUUACCAGACAGGUAAGAUAGCAGCAACGCUCACAGGGGCACCUUGUGAAACCUGGUCAGCAGCCCGGCAUUUCAUUCUUGAGAUCGAAUCAUCCGUCAAUGCCAAGCAUUUCCCAAGACCACUGCGUGAUAGACAAAGACUUUUUGGACGCAGGCACCUUACGGCUAAGGAGCUGAGGCAACUGAAACAGGGGACUUUGUUCUUCAUGCAGAUGAUUACGACAGUUGCGUGGGCAUUGAGGACAGGGGGACUUUACAUCAGUGAACAUCCAGCCAUUCCGCAGAACCAGGAGGCCGCGAGUAUUUGGUGUACCCCAUGGAUCCAACUUCUGUGUGCCCAUCCGGACAUUGCUCUUCAUACGGUCAGUCAGUGGCGUUGGGGCUGUACAGUUAGCAAGCCGACUGGACUCCUUGCCUUGAGACUUCCCCGGUUCAAGGCAUCCAUGUAUAGUAGACAGAUGCCGGAAGCAGCGAAGCCACAAGAUGUGGCUAUAGGGCUGGGUACAGAUGGAAAAUUCAAAACGGCGGCGCGCAAAGAAUACCCGCCAUAUUUUUGCGAUGCACUGGCAGGAACGUUGAUUGACCAAAUUAAGACCUGCCAGUUGCAACGAAAUUGCACAGUCAAGGCUGACAUUGAGCCGGAGCUUGCGAAUUGGCUGGCAGAGGCUGCAGUACAGUGCAGCGUGCUGCGAAAGGCAGCGACAUGGUUGCCAGAUUACCAACGCAGGUGA